AUGACUAAUUCAAUACAAGAAUUAAAUGACGUUUUAACAACAAUUAAUGCAUCACUAAAAGCUACCUCCACAGCUUUUGAAGUUCUAUCUGCUGAUAGUUCUAACAAUUCGUUUUAUAAUAACAAUAUUGGUCCAUUAUUAAAAAUGUUAAAUUUUGAUACCACACCAACUAAUAAAAUGGAACUAGAAAAAGUUUCAUUAUUAACUUUGAAAAAUGAAACAAUGCUAUCUUAUAUAAAUAAUCUAUUGCUAUAUUUGUAUGAAAAAUUGAGCAUUAAAUCUACUCAUAAUGAUGCCGAUAGAAAAGAGGAAGACAAGUUUCGUUUUAAUAUUGUUGAACAAAGAGUUGUGUUGGAAAGAGGUAUUAAACCCCUAGAGAAGAAAAUAGGCUACCAACUAGAUAAAUUGGUUAGAGCUUAUUAUAGACUAACUAAAGAAUAUGAACAGGCAAAACAACGUUCUAUCAAGAUGGAAGAAUUAGGCGCACAUGCGUCAUCGCAAGAAUCAGAUGAAAGCGCUAGCGAUAGUGAUGAUGAAGAGAUGAAUUACAAACCUAAUAUUGUUGAUCUAGGCAAAGCCAAAAAUACACAUAAUGUUGCCAGCUCUAACAAAAAAUCAAAUUCAGAUAAUGCUACAGAGGAAGAUGAACAGAAAAUAUAUAAACCACCGAAAAUUAGUGCCGUUUUACCACCAUCAUCUACCAAUUUUGAAGACAGAUUUAAUCCAAAUCAACAUAAAGAUAGAAGCGGUAAAAAUAGAAUGCAAGCUAUGGAAGAAUAUAUCAACCAAACUAAUGAUAAACCGUUAUGGGAAGCUUCCAUUGGUACUAAUAUUCUUGAUCAUGGGCGUGGUGGCAUUAAAAGUGCAAAUGCUGGUGCUAAAGAUAAGAAAAUACAAGCCUAUGAAGAAGACAAUUUUACCAGAUUAAAUUUAAAUAGUAAAGUUAACAAGAGGCAAAAGAAAUUAAAACAAAUUAGAGACAAAGUUAAUAUUAUAGGUGGUGAAGAUUUCAGUAUAUUUAAUAAUAAUAACGUUAAUAAAAAGAGAAAUUUACAUGAUGUUACUAGCAGAAGGAAAAUGAUUAAAAAAGGCAAUUCUGCCUGGGAUAGAGCUAAAAGAAGACUUUGA